AUAUCGACGCUAUCAGGUUGCGGUUCGCCGGAGCAGCUGGAGCGGCUGCCGGAGCUGCCGGCGGCAGAGGAGCGGAGCUGCGCCGGGCCGCCCAGGUGCUGCAGCAGCGGCUCGUGCUGCGACAGUGGCUCGCCACGCACCGACUGCAGCACGUUUAUACAAAACUCCUGAGCCUGGACGUAUCUUCGCUGGAAGAUGUCUACUGGUUGGAGGACACGACGGCUCGCCAUGUCCUGGAGUCAAAGGAUUUCGGGGCGUGGUCCGCUGCACGGCAGAGCCUUCCGACCGGCAAGGAAGCGCUGCAGACCUUAAAGGCGGACCUGUGGAGUGCUGUUGUGAAGAACAGCAAGCAUCAGGACGCUUGGACAUGGGGUGGUAUGUUGGUGGUCUCGGUGUCGGUGUGCGGGCUGGUGACGCUGGCGGCGAUGACGCAGCCCUCCCUCGCACCCGAGGCUAAGCACUCGCUGCUGCAGUACGUCACCGGGAAGUACCUGCACCCGCCUAGUUGUAAGGUGGAGUGGGGUUGGCAGGAGCCGCAGGCCGUCGGCGAGACGAUGUGCUUCACGGUGUACUGCUAUCAGCGCAACGGGCAGCCGUACCCGAUCUGCGACACCGACGAGCUCACCGUCACCAUCACCAACGGUACCAGAAAGGUAACUGCAGUUAUAGAGCUGGGCUCUGGAGAUCCAGCCCAAGCUCAUACUGCGCGGGUUAAAUUCACUGUCAGGAUGUCGGGAGUGUACCUCAUAUCCAUUUUGAUUGAGGGCGCGGCGGUGGGCGGCAGUCCGUUCCGCAAGUGGUUCGUGGCGGGGCGCGUGGAGGCGCGGCGCUCGCGCGUGGCGCGCGCGCACGCGGCGCUGGUGUGGGCGGCCGGCCACGCGCGCCGCCUGCACGUGCACCCGCGCGACCAGUACGACAACCCCGCGCCGCUGCAGGCGCCGCUGCAGGCGCCGCUGCAGGCGCCGCUGCAGCCCAACUCUGGCGUGCAGGAGUUCUCGAUCCGCAUCAACCCGGCCGGUGGAGAAGUAGACGAGGAGCUCUCCUCAUCAGCUCAGUUCGAGUACGACGCGGUGAACCAGCGGGUCUCCCUCACGCUCUGCUUCCCCAAGCCUGGAAUAUACCAGGCCGCGGUCUACUACGACGGGGUGUUGUUGCACAAUGGACAGUUUGAAUGCAUAGUGCUUACUGCGAGCGACACGGCGACGGUGCAGCGCAACAUAUCGUCGAAGCAGCAUAACAUCUGCUACGAGGCGCGGCUACUGUCGCCGGGCAAGCCGCGGCGCGUGCUCUGCUGCAUCAGCCCCAAGCAGUUCACCAUCAAGGACUACAUCCUUAAGUUCAUACCUAAGAGGAUCACCUCCUUCCGCUUGUGUCCUUCUACUAAGUUAAUAUUGAAGCCGACGCCGCCGGACUCGGGCCCCGGCGGUGAGUUCUCGCUAGAGGACGGAGUGCAGCCCUCGCUGGAAUUAGUGUCAGCUGAGAGGGACCUGAUUGCGGCCACGUUCACGCAAUUGCUCAUCGCCAACUGUGGCGGAGAAGAUUCAUUCAAGAACAAGCAGGAGUUCUUCUACAGCUCGCUGCGCGCGGCGCACGCGCGGGCGCCGCGCGACAAGCUGUGCGUGCGCGUGCGCCGCGACCAGCUCGUGCGCUCGUCGCUGCGCGCCACCAAACACUUCACGCUGGCGCACUGGUGCCGCAACUUCGACGUCUCCUUCCACGGCGAGCAGGGAGUUGACUGGGGUGGUGUGCGACGUGAGUGGUUUUCUUUGUUGUGCGGACAACUAUUUGACGCCAAGUUUGGCUUAUUCGUGCCUUUCCACGACUCACCGACGGGACUUGUGCAUCCUAACCCAGACCGACCCCCACAUCUCAAGUUGAAGCACUUCGAGUUGGCGGGUAAGCUGGUGGGCAAGUGUCUGUACGAGAGCGCGCUGGGCGGCCCGCACCGCCAGCUCGUCCGCGCGCGCCUCACGCGCUCCUUCCGCGCCAUGAUCAUAGGCCUGCGCGUGCAUUAUAAGUACUUCGAGCAAGAUGAUCCGGAGUUGUACCUGUCCAAGAUCAAAUACGUUCUGGAGACGGAUCUGGACGCGAGCGAGACGGAGCUGGAGUUGUACUUCGCUGAGGACGUGUACGACUCUAAUGGGAGGUUGGUGGAGACUCACGAUCUGGUGCCCAACGGAUCCACCAUCAGGGUGCGCAACAGCACGAAGCUGCAGUACCUGGACGCGCUUGCGCAGUGGCGGCUGGCGGCGCGCUGUCGGCGCGAGACCGACGCCUUCCUGCGCGGACUCACGCUGCUCGUGCCCGACAACCUGCUCGCCAUCUUCGACGAGAACGAGCUGGAGCUGCUGGUGUGCGGCAGCGGCGAGGCGCGCGUGUCGGACUGGCGCGCGCACGCGCUGGUGGCGGGCGCGGGGCGCGACUGGGAGCGCGUGACGUCCUGGUUCUGGGCGGCGCUGGCGAGCUUCACCGCCGACGAGCGCGCCCGCCUGCUGCAGUUCACCACCGGCUGCUCACAGCUGCCGCCCGGCGGCUUCCAGGAGUUGAACCCGCGGUUCCAGAUCACGCCGGCGCCGAUGUUCGGCGCGCUGCCCACGGCGCACACGUGCUUCAACCAGCUCUGCCUCCCCGACUACGACUCGUACGAGCAGCUCGUGCACGCGCUGCUGUGGGCCAUCAACGAGGGCGGCGAGGGCUUCGGCAUGAUAUAACCACCACCACGGAACCACUUGUGCACGAGGCACGAGUCGUGAGCGACGAUAGGUCAUUUCAACAUCCGACGCGACGAUCUUUCUCGCGUUUGCUUCCUCAGUCGAAGCUCGUUGUCUAUUGACUUAUAUAUGUAGUAUACCUUCGUUGAAUUUGUUCAUACGCGAGCUUCGACUGUUGUCUAUGUGCUCAUGACUUAUGCCGGCUGUUAUACGUUAAAUAUUUUACAAAGUAAAUAUCCAGUGGUAUAGGAUUCGGCGUAUAACUUGAACGCUGACAAAUAUUGGUAAAGGUUUCCCAAGGCAAGUUGAAUAAAGUACAGAUGGUCACAAUGAUGAUCACAAUUAUUCUAAUACUGUAUUGGGCACUCUUUUUCCUAGUAAGGUGUAUUGAUGUCUCGAGCGAUCAUGUUAUAUGCUGAAGCUUACCUCAGCAUUUGGUUGAUACUGUAGUGGCUGCAUUUAAUAAAAUACACAAUUGUGGUUGCGGCAAAAGUCGAUCAAACAAAUAAAAAUGCUAAAUUCAUCGAAAUAACACUCAAAAUUUAAAAUACUUUGCCGUGUGGCCUGCAGGAUUGAGUAUCAAUUAAAGGUACUCUUUAAUUUUUGUGUUUACAAAUAUUUGCGAGUUAAGGCUCGUAAAGUCUAAUAGUGACCACAACUAAAUGAGUGUCUCCGUGUUCGGUUAUUAUCAGCAGUAACAUACCACUUACUGGACUCCUUAUAUUGUAACUACUUAAUAAAUAAAUUAUACUUUGAAUAUUAAAUAACAAACGGCAAGAUAUUUGCGGUCCAUUACAAUUCAAUAUAAGCUAGUUCACACGUGCUUAUAUUAAGGAACGUUCCAAAUAUCCCUAUAGAUGAUGGACACCUUUACUACACAAAUAAAUUACGGGCGUCAAAUGGUGUUUAAAUAAAUUUUGUGGUCUAAAAUGGCCUCGAUACAAAUCUGGCCAAUACUUCGUCCAAAGAAUAUAAUGUGCAAUAUUAAUAUUAACUUAUUUAUUUGUAAAUAACCAUACCGCGGGUAUGAUAGUCUAUGAAAAGUAUCUUUAUACUGAUCUUCGUAAACGCUCAGCCCCUAAACCCAAAAAGGGUAAGAGGUUGACGGUUAAAGGGGUUGACGUCACAUCCCUUGUAAGUAAGGUGUUAGACGUCAAACUAGGUUAUGCGAAGUUUGGUCAAAAUGAUCAUUAUGCGUGUAUUUAAAAUUGUGACGAGACUUUAAAAUUAAGUCGAAUUUUGUGAGGAAUCUCGCAUGUGGCAUAAUUGUCAUAUUUGUUAAAAAUGUAAUUUAAGUUUAAUAAAGUAUGAAUUCUAAUGAUAUCAAAAUGUCUUAGGGCCGAUUUUACGUCGCCAAUUGUACCUUAUUCCAGCCCCAUAAGAAUGUAUACUUUUACAGAAACAUUAUAACGAUUGAUAAAAGGCUAAUUGACUUCGGCGAUAUUUUGCGACACUGUGUUAUCUUACUUCUUACAAAUAUUAAAAAUGCCAAAGAUUGUGAAAAUGUUUGUAUGUUUGUUAGAAGUAAACGCAGAAACAACUGAACGGUUUAGAUGACAUUUAGCACACGGGUAGACCAUGUUGUAGUUUAAUACAUAAUCUACUUUUUUCAGUAAAUUGAUCCCAUGGAAAAUAUUGGAAUUUUUAUUAUGAUUUUUAACUAGAGGCACUAGCGUCGUUGUGUUUUAGGCAGUUGUGUAACGGGGAAGUAUUUACUCGGGCGCAGCCGCGAGCAACACCUAAUAUAUUAUGUAUUUGGAAUUAGAAAAAUAUACUAAUUCCUACUGAUUAUAAUUUAAUAUCGCAAAAAAGGCGCUUAAGACAAUAAGCCUUUACCUGUCGAAUUAAUUACUUCGUAAUUCAGACAUAUACCCCCUUAUUCAUAAAUGUUAUUUAUCUAAGGACGGAGCAUAGCUGUGAUAACAAGUCUGUUUCUCAGUGCUGACGGCAUGACAGCCUUCGCAGUGCGUAGACAUAGGGUUGCUGUGAUUGGCUAAUAUUGAGAUACAACUUGAAUCUAAUUGGCUGUCAGAUAAACAACGUUGAACAAAAAGCAAGCCAUCAGAUAAACAAAGCUGAGAAACAGACUUGUUAUCACAGCAAUGCUUCGUCCUUAGAUAAAUAACGUUUAUGAAUAAGGGGGUAAGUCUAACCGCAUAUUUUAAGACAUAUACAUUUAUUUGAUGCUGACUGUAUAUAUCUCCAUACACCGCUCACUUUGAGCAAUUAUUUAUGAUUUAAAACAGAUAUAAUGAUAAUCGGCGAUGCGAUUUCUGCAAUAUUGUGGCAAGUAUUUGGGCCUUGUGGACAUUUAAAUAUUUCCGCGUAUUCGAAUGCCGUAGGGUCUUCAGAUAUAAUAUUGAAUCAUUCUGAUCGUUUUAGAUUCAACUAAGUAUAUAUUAGUUUACAUAAAAUCUACAUAAAAAUAAUGUAAUAGACAGAAUUUUAAAUUAAAUGUAUGUAUUUCAAGGUUUGACAUUUCCUCAAUGUAUCAUACUUAGUCAUUGUCAGUCUAUAUUUUACAAAGUCAGGUGCGCGUUCAGAAUUUUAAACGUGAGUCGAGAUGCAUUUAACAUUAUUGCUGUGAAACGCAUUUAAAAAGUUAUACUUAACAAUUAAAUCUUUUAGUACUUAAUGGUAAUAGCUCAAUAUGUAAAAUCAAUUUUAUUAAAUUAUGCUAUUUAUUUUGAAAAUAUUUACUUAAUUUUUUUUGUUCAUAUCUUACUUUAUGGACUUAUUAUUAAGACUGUGCCUUGAUCUCAUUUACUUUGUUUUCUAUAAAAUUAGAAAUGUUGAUUCCUUCUGAAUCCGCGCCUGAUGUAGUCGUCAAGUGUCAGAAGUGUGUAUGAGAUGUGGUAUCCUGCCAAUGUCGUCCAAGGUGUCGGAAUUGUAUAACGCGUGACAAUAAAAACGUUUAAACACUAAACUAAGUGUAACAGGGUCGGGUUUGGGAGUGACGCGACCAAAUUAAAUUUAAAGAGAAAAGGGCGCUGUAAGUAAAUUGUGCAAUAAAGUGGGAUACGUGAAUAAAGAAAUUUUGAAAAUUUUACUUAAACAUCGUGAGUCUCACGCUCGUGUUACGUUUGUUCCAAGCAAAAAAAUAGUGCAAAAUUGUUAAAAAUAUAUUUGCUAUUGAUUCGUGUUUACUCAUUCAUUUUAAUUGUGUUUGCACCCACUACCAACUAGAGUUCGUAUUCCAUAGCAUCCAAAACUAUUCGCCAACACUCUACCCGACCCUACAUUAAGCAGUACUUAACUACGCACGUUGUUACAUUGUGUACUUGCGCAAUGGAUUGUUUUCAUCUAAACUUGUUGUAAAUUUAGUUCUAUUAAGAUUUGUAGGUUAAAAUGAUUAAAAAACUUAAAAUUUAUAAAUUUUCGCACCUCAUUACAUUUGACGCAAAUGUAGAAAUAGUUGUUACCACAAAUUGCAAGAACCAUAAAAGUAAAUACUAAUACGUUGUUCGUUAUUGUCUUUAAUACAAUUUUAUAAUAGUUGAAUAAGAGUAAUUUAUGUAUAUUAUGCUUCUUAAUGUUUAGAUGGACACUGUGAUUAUGUUUUUGCAAGCACUUGAUUUUUUAUUGCUGAUUUCUGAUCAUUGUGUCAAAGGUCAGACGCACGCGUAGUGAAAGCAUCGGCAGUUGAGUGGAUGAAUGAUUUUUAGUAAAAUAUUGACGCAUUACUGUCGCGUACAUCUGAAUAUUGACACGAUGACCGAAAGUCUAUUUUAUGGUAUAAAUAUACUUGCAUUUAGUGACAACUCGGUGGCGUAGUGGAUGAUCCUCCUCUGCCAUGAGAGGUAUUUCAAUCCACACAUACCAAGACAAAUUCCUAUUAGCCACAAAUUCGAGCCUAGGUGCUAGAAUCGAAUGUCUCUUGUAGUUCAUAUCCAAAAAUGAUGUUUAUUGUAGGAUCAGGGCUUUGUGCAUGAUUGAGGAAUUUUCUGCGUUUUCAAAUUUGCUCGCAUCUUAUUACUAAAACUUAGAUUCUCAAUUACCAAAUAUUCGACACUUAAUUUUUAGUUUAAAAAACUCUGUCUGGUGUUUGUCAUGCAAUAAUAUGAGUUUUAUUUACAAUAUGUAUCCUUAUGUCUAUAUUCUACUUAUUUAUAAUCUAGAUGGAUAUAAACACCACAGACCACCAGAGGCUAUUUUGACGUAGGUGUCAAAGGCAUAGUGUUUUUCUAACUACGCCACUGACGUCACAAAAUUAUAUCGUAAGUAAUUUUCCUGUGAUCCCGGUUACCAUUUGUUAUAAUUUAUAAGUCGUACGAUAAGAUCGGUUGUUCACAUUGCAAAUAAUGAUCGUUUAUAUUACUGUAUACUUUCAUAGUUUGAAAGGUAUAAUCAGUUCAGUAGAAUAAAAAAUAAAUAUCACUAAAUGGUUCAGUUUAUGUGAGAUAAUAACUUAUUGCAAUAAACUGACGUUAUAAAUAUAAUAUAGUUAAUAGAUAACAGACUAGAAGACAUUCGAAACGUUUAAAUUAAUAUUGACAGUAAAAGCAGCGAUGACAGGUGCACAUAAUGUAAUGCAAUAGAAUUGAAUUUUGUAAUUUUUUCUGUUAUGACUUAAGAAACAAAUGUCCGCAAACUGAGCAACCGAUUAUGUCCUCUAGCACUUGAUCAAUUAGGAGGCUUUUUGAAUUUAAUUGAUAUUUUGUUGUAACGUGUAGUCUGAAGAUAGUUUAAGAAUCUGUAGCAGGCCUACUUAGUCAAUACUUAAUUUUAUUUAAUCCUAUUUUUAACUGGUGGCCUAACGUGAUCUAUAAUAAUACGUCUACUCUCGAAUCCAAAUACUUUGACAUUGAUGUAUUUACAAUAUUAUAUUUUGACCUGUUGAAUGUAGUUGUUAGGUUGUAGCUAGAGGUCCAAAGUUAGAAAAUAUAUUGAUUGAAUUGGUUGUAAAAAAUAAAUAAAAAGACAUAUGUACGA